UAUUUAAACUAUUCUGAACGUGAACCAAGCGCAGAAGAAGAAUGUCUCACAGAGCUCGUUGAAGCUUCGUAGAUUUAAACUUUCAAACAAGAAACAAAUGAAAAUCAACCAACAAUCCUUCUAUCUGAGGAGGUUUUAAUGUCAGGUGCUCUUUACAGUCCAAGUGUCUGAGUCCUCGUUGUGAGCAUGGCGGACCGGGAGGAGCGCCGCUUCGCUGAGGUCUCCCGGGACUCUGUGAAACUCAUGGCUGAGAGUGCAGGCGUGGAUCUGGGGGACGAUGUGGCCGCUCUGCUGGCUGAGGACGUGUGUUAUCGGCUCCGAGAGGCCGCCCAGAGCAGCUCUCAGUUUAUGAGACACGCCAAGAGGAGGAAGCUGACCGUGGAGGACUUCAACAGAUCUCUGCGCUGGAGCAAUGUUGAGUCGAUCUGUGGAUACGGGGCCCAGGAUGCUCUGCCUUUCCGCUCGGUGAAAGAAGGAGAGCUGUUCUUCGUGGAGGAUCGGGAAAUCAACCUGGUGGAGCUCGCUCUGGCCACAAACAUCCCCAAAGGCUGUGCUGAGACCCUGGUGCGAGUCAACGUGUCGUACCUGGAUGGCAAAGGGAACCUGGAGCCUCAGGGGACAGUCCCCUCAGCGGUGCAGACUCUCUCUGACGACCUGCUGAAGUAUUAUCAGCAGAUCACCCGAGCCAUCCUGGGAGAAGACCCACACCUCAUGAAGGCGGCUCUGCUGGACCUGCAGUCCAACUCUAAGAUCGCCGCUCUGCUGCCGUACUUUGUUUACGUCAUCAGUGGGGUGAAGUCUGUGAGUCACGACCUGGAGCAGCUGAACAGACUCCUCCACAUGGUUAAGAGUCUGGUCCAGAACCCGUACCUGUACCUGGGCUCGUACGUGCGAAGCCUGGUGUCCAGUGUGAUGUACUGCAUCCUGGAGCCACUGGCCGCCUCCAUCAACCCACUUAACGACCACUGGACCCUCCGAGACUACGCUGCGCUGCUGCUCAGCCACAUCUUCUGGACUCACGGAGACCUGGUGAGCGGUCUAUACCAUCAGAUUCUGCUGUCACUGCAGAAGGUUCUGUCAGACCCAGUGAGGCCACUCUGCUCGCACUACGGAGCCGUGGUUGGGCUGCACGCUCUGGGAUGGAAGGCUGUAGAGAGAGUCCUCUUCCCUCACCUUCCUGCUUACUGGGCCAACCUUCAGGCGGUCCUGGACGAUUACUCGGUCUCUAACGGACAGGUCAAAGCAGACGGACACAAAGUCUAUGGAGCCAUCCUGGUGGCGGUGGAGCGUCUGCUGAAGAUGAAGGCUCUGUCUCUGUCUCAGCCUGCAGAGGGGGGGGCAGGGGGUCAGCCGGGCUCUGCGGUGAGGGGUCUGGGUUACAGGGUGAGCUCCCCGGGCCUUAGCCCCCCUCCAGAGCCCCUCUCAGAGGCGGCCCUGGGCAUCGCCAGCCAUCUGCAGGCGGGUGGGGCGGGCUGUCCCUGGGAGGAGUGGACCCCUGUCCCCCUCCCCGACAUGUACAAGGAGCUCUACUCCUUCUUCGGAGACAGUCUGGCGGUCAGGUUCAGUACAGGACCCGGGUUUGGCAGCUACCUUCCCUUCACGCCCUCCCUGCCCAGUGAGGCGAGGAAGGAGCCGCCUGGCCCAGCCUCCAACCCGGACACCACCAGGAAGAUGCCGCAGCUGACCGCCAACCUGAACAUCAGCCCGAGGCAGGACGGGAGUCCUCGCACAGAUCCACCUCCACCGAGCCUCGCUGCCACCGGAUCAGGAAGGUCCCUGGCUCGCUCCUCCUCCUCUUCCUCUUCCUCAGUGCAGCGCUCCAGAUCUUCCUCCUCCCGCUCCAGUCAGCGCGCCGCCGGUCUUUCCCGGGACGUUUUCCCUAAAUCUCGCUUCACCUCCCCUCAGGCGGGACCUCCAGUGAUCUCCUUCCUCAUUGGCGGGCGACAGAUGGGACGGCGCUGUCAGGGGCGUCGGCCUUUCCAGACAACGUUUCUCCCAACCCCGCCUCUCUCUGCUGUCCCUCCUCGAGCCUAUGCCCACAAACUUCCCGUCAUCGGCAGGGUGGGUAAACCUGUACGCCGCUGGGCGUGCUCACAUUACUCCCUCUACCUGCCUCUGUAGGAACUCUUCAGGCGUGUUUACUGCAGCUGAUGUAAACCCUCCUCCGCUGACUCAGACACUUUAUGAAGAUAUUUGUCAACUUUAGAGUUCAGGUUCAUUAUUACACUGAAAUACAAAUUUCAGAUUCCUUUAAAGCUACCAUGAGCAGAAUAUGAGAAGCCUGAUUCUGGUGCCCCUGGUGGACACAUCAAAAAGUGCAAUGGUAAAUAGUAAGGUAGUGUUUACUUUUUCAUUAAUUCACCUUUACGUACUUAAAAUUCAACUUUCAACCCUGGAAAUAAAUGAAUACUUUGUAUACUAUUUGACUCAUAAAAACUCUUGAAACCUCAAAAUCAAGAGCACAAGCAAGUUUUCAAAGUCGCUAACACGUCGGCCCCAGGAUUAAGCCAGAAAGUUGGCGAAAUCUGACUUCAUUAAAUCGGGAUUUAAAAAAGGUAUUUGCUAAUUUUUCAACACCAGAGAAGUCAACAUAAAAACAUCUCUCCAAGUUAACUCCUGAAAACUGGACCCAAACUAUAAACAUGUUCAUCUCUGCGGUGUAACAUUGGGCUCUAUGGGUGCUGACUCAUCUUUGGAGGCAGCCUCUAGUGGACACUUGAGGAACUGCAGCUUUUGGCACUUCUGAAAAAGGACCCACGUUGAAGGGAGAUGUGAAUAUUUUGUACAUACCUGUUUGAUGACUGAAUAAAACAUGUGUUGAUGUUUGUAA